AUGAAUAAAGUUAAUAUAUUAAAAUCUUUAAUUUCAGUUAAUACUAAAUUAAAUAAUUUAAAUAAUUAUUAUUCUAGUAAACUUUUAUCACCAUCAUCAUUGUUAUUAUCAUCAUCAUCAUCAUCAUCGUCAUCAAAAUUUUAUUAUAUUCAAAGAAACUACAGUGAUACACAUAAAGAUAAAAAAGAAAAGUAUUAUAAUAAUAAUAAUAAUAAUAAUGAACCCCCUCCACCAAAGAUUAUAGUACCAAAAGAAAAAUUAAAUCUUCAAUUUUCAAGAUCAAGUGGUGCUGGUGGUCAAAAUGUUAAUAAAGUAAAUACAAAAGUCGAAGUCAGAUUCGACCUAAAUAAAGCAGAUUGGAUACCGCCCUAUGUAAAAGUUAAUAUGAGAAAUGUAAAUGAUGAUGAUGAAUUUAUAAUAACAUCAAGUAAACAUAGAUAUCAACAUUUGAAUAUAAAUGAUGCAAUGGAUAAGUUGGACGAUAUAUUAAAAGAUUGUCAAAUAAUUGAAAAGGAAAGAAUUGCAACUGAAAUUCCAUCCUAUGCAAAUGAAAGACGUUUACAUGAUAAAUCAAUUAAAAAAGAAAUAAAACAAUCAAGAAAAAAGCCAUCAUUUGGUAGUUAUUUUGAUUAA